CGCAAGCUCCGUUGAAUUUGUUGCACCCCACAGCUAAAUAUAUACCUGCCGCAUGUCGCGCCCUCAGCUCAAACCAUCUAGCCACGCCCGAACUAGUUGCAGCACAACAACACGUAGCCUCCUCUUCCUCCCUGCCUCCUCGUUGAGCCGCUCGUCGUCGCUGCUCACGCUCUCGGCCAGCCGCGGCGGCGAUCGAUCGAGCGCGUACGUGCGGUGGCAGCGCGCCGCGGUGAGGGCAGACCAUCGUAGGGUGCGUAUCGUCGUUGGCAGCAGGGUCGGAAGCGCCAAGCUAGCAGCAGUAGCAGAAGCAGUGCUGCUGCUUCAGCCAUGGCGGCGGUGCGCAUCAAGGCGGUCGCGACGAUCAAGGUCACCGUCGGCGGGUUCCUCAGCAGCCUGAGGCCGUCGAGGGCGAUCGACGACGUCAAGGACCUCCUCGGCAGGUCGCUCUAUCUCGAGCUCGUCAGCUCCGAGCUUGACGCAGAGACGGGCCAGGAGAAACCAACGAUCCGGAGCUACGCCCACAAGGUGGCCGACAACGACGACGACGUGGUGACCUACGAAGCCGACUUCGACGUGCCGGCGGGCUUCGGCGCGGUCGGCGCCGUGCUGGUCUCCAACGAGCUCCACACGGAGAUGUUCCUCGAGGACGUCAAGCUGUCGUCGGCUGACGACGGGGACGACGCCCCGGUCCUCGCCAUCCGGUGCAACUCGUGGGUGCAGCCUAAGUCCGGCGACGACGCCGCGCCGGAGAAGCGCGUCUUCUUCGCAAACAAGCCUUACCUUCCGAGCCAGACGCCGCCAGGGCUCCAGAGCUACCGGAAGAAAGACUUGGAGCAGAAGCGCGGCAACGGCCGCGAACAGAGGAAGGCCACCGACCGUAUCUACGACUACGACGUGUACAACGACCUCGCCGAUCCCGACAACGACGCCGGCAAGGCCCGGCCGGUCCUCGGCGGCAACAAGCAGUUCCCUUACCCGCGCCGCUGCCGUACCGGCCGGCCUAUGUCCACCAAAGACCCGAAGACGGAGACGAAGAGCGGCGACAACUACGUGCCGAGGGACGAGGCGUUCUCGGAGGUGAAGACGCUGCAGUUCUCGGUGACGACGCUGCGGUCGGUGCUCCACGCCGCCGUUCCGGCCGUCCAGUCCACGCUCAUCGACCCCAGCCUGGGCUUCCCUUCCUUCUUCGUCAUCGACAAGCUCUUCGAGGACGGGGUCAAGCUGCCGCAAGCCGACCAGCUUGGCUUCCUCCGUAGCAUCGUGCCGCGCCUGCUCCAGGCCCUCCGCGACGGCCCCGGCGACCAAGUCCUCCUCUUCGACACGCCCGCCAACGUUCAGAAGGACAAGUUUGCAUGGUUAAGGGACGAGGAGUUUGCAAGGGAGACGCUUGCCGGUGUCAAUCCGUACGCGAUCGAGCUCGUCAGGGAGUUUCCUCUGAAGAGCAAGCUCGACCCGGCGGUGUACGGGCCGGCGGAGUCGGCGAUCACCGCCGAGGUGCUGGAGAGGCAGAUGGGGCACGUGAUGACGGUCGCGGAGGCGGUGAAGGAGAAGCGGCUCUUCAUGCUGGACUACCACGACCUGUUCCUGCCCUACGUGCACAAGAUCCGGGCGCUGGAGCGCACCACCAUGUACGGCUCUCGCACCAUCUUCUUCCUCUGCGACGACGGCACGCUGCGGCUGCUCGCCAUCGAGCUCACCAGGCCAGCGUCGCCGACUCAGCCGCAGUGGAGGCGGGUGUUCACCUCGUCCACGGACACCACCGAGUCCUGGCUGUGGCGGAUGGCCAAGUCGCACGUCCGCGCGCACGACUCCGGCCACCACGAGCUCGUCAGCCACUGGUUGCGCACGCACUGCGCGGUGGAGCCGUACAUCAUCGCAGCGAACCGGCAGCUCAGCGAGAUGCACCCCAUCUACCAGCUGCUUCACCCGCACUUCCGGUACACCAUGCGGAUCAACGCACUCGCCCGGUCAGCCCUGAUCAACGCCGGCGGCAUCAUCGAGCUCUCAUUCUCACCGCAGAAGUACUCCAUGGAGCUCAGCUCCGUCGCGUACGACCAGCUCUGGCGCUUCGACAUGGAGGCCCUACCCGCCGACCUCAUCCGCAGGGGGAUGGCCGAGGAGGAUCCCAAGGCAGAGCACGGCCUGAAGCUCACGAUCAAAGACUACCCGUUCGCCAACGACGGCCUGCUGAUUUGGGACGCCAUCAAGGGCUGGGUGCAGGCGUACGUCUUGCGGUUCUACCCCGACGCCGGCAGCCUGGCCGGAGACGCGGAGCUGCAGGCGUUCUGGACCGAGUUGCGCACCGUGGGCCACGGUGACAAGAAGGACGCGCCGGGGUGGCCGACGCUGGACACGCCUGAGAGCCUGGCGCACGCGCUGACGACCAUCAUCUGGGUCGCGUCCGCGCACCACGCCGCCGUCAACUUCGGGCAGUACGACUUCGGCGGGUACUUCCCCAACCGGCCGUCCAUCGCGCGCACCAACAUGCCGGUGGAGGAGCCCGUGGACGCCGACGCCUUGGCGGCGUUCCUAGACAACCCGGACCAGGCGCUCCGGGAGUGCUUCCCGUCGCAGGUGCAGGCGACGCUGGUGAUGGCUGUGCUGGACCUGCUGUCCACGCACUCCCCCGACGAGGAGUACCUCGGCGGGCUGGAGACCGCGCCGUGGAACGACGACGGCGCGGUGCAGGCGGCGUACGGGCAGUUCAACGCGCGGCUGAAGGAGAUCGAGGGGAUCAUUGACGGGAGGAACACGGAUCGGAGGCUCAAGAAUCGAUGCGGCGCCGGCAUCCUGCCGUACCAGCUCAUGAAGCCCUUCUCUCAGGAAGGUGUGACAGGCAAGGGCAUCCCCAACAGCACGUCCAUUUGAGUCCAUGGAGCAUCUAAUUGCAAUCCAUCUUCAGUGGCCCAUCCAGAAAUUUAGUAUCAGAAGUGCAACUUGAUAUACAAUGACCUAUAUGGAUCUUUUUUUCGUCAAUUGUUUAUGCUGAACUAUACAUUUCACUUUGAAUCACAUAUGUAUCUCUUAAAAGCAUUACUAAAAUAAUUACCUUUCUUUCAAAUAGAUAUGGAUGUAAAUUCUGAAAGUCCUAAUAGUGGCAUUUUGUCAGUGUUGCUGCAGUGCCAUCCUCUGUAGAAUGUAAUGCUAGUUUUACAUUGGUAUAAUGCAGUCUUGUGUGUUAUCUGAA